AUCCUUGCGUGAAACUCCUGGAGAGAUGGUUGCAGAUCCUGAUGUAGAAGACGCAGAUGAAUACGAGCCCCAAAAUGACCUGCAGGACAAGACAGGAAGAGCUGAGGUCCAACACUUUGUGGCUGAUAGGGAAAAGGAAACUGCCUUGCGUGAAGCCCCUGGUGAGAUGGUUGCAGAUCCCGAUGUAGAAAAAGAUGUGGAUGAUGGCAAACUCCAAAAUGACCUGCAGGACCAGACAGAGAGAACAGAGGAAGAUGCCUUUCAUGAAGCUCAUAGGGAGACCACAGUGGACAAUAAAGGAGACAAUAAAGACGAUCUCCAAAAUGACCUGCAAAACAGGAAAAGGUUUUUGGAAGUUUAUCCUCAGACAAAACUGGAGCUUAAGAAGCACAUCGGGAAGCUCCAUGCCCUUGCAGACAAGAUUGACAAGGUGCACAGGGACUGCACCAUCACACAUGUGGUGGCCAGCUCCACCGGUGCUGUGUCUGGGGUCCUGACAAUCCUUGGUCUCGCUCUGGCACCUAUGACAGCUGGGGUCAGUCUGGGACUUUCAGCCACAGGCUUGGGACUUGGGGCAGCAGCAGCUGUGACGAGUGUUUCCACAACCAUUGUGGAAAAGGUGAGCACGAAGUCAGCAGAAGCUGAAGUCAGCCAGGUUCUGACCACCAGUAAGAACACAGUGAAGGGCAUUGAAGAAGUUGUGGAGAAGAGCACCCAUAGAAUUCCUUUUUCAUCUGUGAGUUCAAUCAAGAACCUGGAAGUCAUCAAGAACAGCAUCGAUGCCGUCCAGCUGGCCAAAUCCAAAUGUAGCCUAGCAAUUAAUACCAAACAUCUAAUGACCACAGGGAAGGUGUCAUCCCAAAGCAUCCCACAGGUGGAGAAAAUCUUUGGAAGCACUGCUCUGGCAAUGACCAAAGGAGCCCGGAUCAUAGGUGCGGCCACUGCAGGUCUCUUCCUUGUGCUAGAUGUGGUCAACCUCAUAGAAGAAUCAAAGCAUUUGCAGAAGGGUGCAAAGGCAGAGUCUGCUGCAAAGCUGCAGCAGAAGGCUCAGGAACUGGAGCAGAAGUUGCAGGAGCUCAUCCGGGUGCAUGACAGCCUGACUCAGUGACCUCUUCUUCAGUGCAGCUCAGAACUUAGGUAGGUGCUGCCCUGAACAAGGCCACAGACACAUGAGAGGCCCUGACUGUAUCCCAUCACAGCAAUGCCCCUGUGGCAGGAGUGCCUGCUAGAGGGAGAGGACACAGUCUGGGGAAGUGAUGAGGUUUAAUUGCUAUUGAAGUUUAAAAUCUGCUGCAAUUGGAUGAGAUCUGUUGAGAUGCACAUGGAGGGCUAACCUUAUUCUAUAACAUUUGAAGAAUAAAUUUAUAAACACUGA